AUGGCUCUUAGUCAAUUCAAUUUUGUAUUGUUUUUAUGCACUUUAAGUGCAUUUACUUGUGGUCUAACUUUUGGAUUUUCGUCUGCAACAACUCUUCAGAUUUAUUUUAGCACAAUAUGGUCGGCAAUUUUUGGCAGUUGUUUAAACAUUGGUGGGCUGAUUGGUUGUAUUUGCUCUUUGCAGCUAAUUACUCGCUACGGACAUCGUCGGACACUGAUUUGGUCUCAUAUGCUAUCAUUUAAAGGAUGGAUUCUGUUAUUUUUUUCGUCAUCAGCUGUCUAUGAACGAUAUGCACCAACUGUCUCCUUCUUUUUAGGACGUUUGUUAACAGGUUUUGGAUGCGGAUUAACCUCAGCAACCAAUUUGAUCUAUAUUUACGAAAUAGCUCCAACUUCAUUGAAAGUCGUAGUUGGAUCAUUGUUUCAGAUUGGUAUAACAUGCGGAAUUGUUGUUGUAUAUGCAUUUGCAAUUUAUCUUAAUUGGGAUGUUAUUUCUUUGAUUUGUGGCUUACUUGUAUUGUGUACUACCGUUUUAACGUUCAUGCUACCAGAAUCUCCUAAAUGGUGUAUUAAAACGGGUAACCUAGAAUCAGCUGAAGCAUCUCAUUCUUGGUUGUACGGAAAUGAGUUACCUUUCAAACAAGAAGAAAAUGAUCAAUUAAGUAAUGGCAAUGAUUCUCAGAGUUUAUCAGAUGGCUGUAAAAAAUCAUGGAUUUCUCCAACCUCAUAUGUCUUAAACAAUCAAAAAUCAAGAUUAUAUAUGGGUUUUCUACUAAUGACAUUUCAACAGUUAACAGGAAUGAGUGCUAUCAUUUAUUUCGCAGAAUCUGUUUGCCUGUUCGGUGGAUCAGUCUCUUAUCGAUGUGCAUUUUCUACGGGUUUAUUUUUCUUUUUCUCAAGUAUUGUAUCAACAUUCCUAAUAAGAAUAAUCUCGUGGAGAAAAGCAUUACAAAUAGGUGCUAUAAUAAUGGCUGUUUUACACUUAUUUUAUUCUUUGAUAUUGCUGCAACCUGACAUGCCUACAUCUAUACUCAAUGAAGCCUACUUAGCCAUUUGUUCAGUCACCUUUUCUUUAAGUUGGGGUCCAUUACCAUUCUUAUACAUCAUAGAACUAUUUCCAAGUGUCAAUAGAAAUUAUGCUAUUGUCUUAUCUUUAGCUGUUAAUUGGAUAGUUGGCUUUUUCGUGACAUUUUUAUUUGAACCAUUUGUUUCAUGGAUAAAUGUAUCAUCUCUUUUCUGUAUAUUUUCAUCAUUUUGUCUAUUAGCAUGUUUCUAUGUGUAUCGUUAUGUUCCAGAAAUCAAAUCGAUGAAUCUUAUUUAA